GGCCACACUUUUGUGCCCAUUGGCUUGGGCAAUGGCUGCAGAGGACUUCAAGAGCCAGCUCUUGGGAAUUCUGCAUUCAGCUGCUUCGGAGGUCACUCUGGCCUCCCACCAGGCAUGGGUGGGCGAGAUCCUGGCAGCCUUGAAGGCGGAAGGUGAAGAGAUCCACGUGCCUCAGGACUUUGCAGAGUCCCAAAUUGAGUCUGCCAGGCUGCUGUUCCUGGCUUGCGGAUUGGAAGACGAAGGCGACACCUUCAGGUUGCCUGCGGAGGGUCAAGAAGUGCCACUGGCUACAGCGUUUCUGGCAGAAUAUGCUGCUCAAUUAGCCAAAGAAGGCACUCCGCAGUCCAGACCCGAGGAAGGCCUGGAAGAAGUUCCAGCAGAUGCCAAGGAUGUCAACAUUUCAUGGCGGAGCGAAGCUUUGGCGGAGAUGCUGUCAAAGACAUGGCAGGAGGAGGAAGCCCGAAAAGCUCAUCCUAGAGCAGGGUCUCGGUUGACGCGAGAGAUGAUGCUCCAAUUGGGAGCCGCAUUUGAACGGCAACCAUUUGGCAGCGAUUCUUGUGCCAUCCACAGUCUCAACAACUUGCUGCAGCCAAAGCGGAGCUCAGAAGAAGCCGCUGCCAAGUUGCAAGAGGCUUUGCAGGCGGCUGCCAAGGAUGAACAAAAUGAGGAGAAGGAGUCGUGGGUUUCAACCACUGGAGUGGUGGGUCCUUUUUCCAUGGCUACCCUUCGUGCGGCUGAAAGCGAGUCGCGGGAAGAGGAAAUGGCGUGUCGGGGCUUCGUCCCGCCCAAGGUGACGCAGCUGUCACUUCUACGUGCAGAUAGUGGUCUCAGCUGGAAGGGAGCGGAGCAGCGCACUGGGAUGUUCGACGUGGAAGCGGUGAAGUUGGCAGCCAGAUCAAAUGGAUAUGAGGUCAUUGAUGUGGAGCCCAAACCCUUGUGGCAGGAGUCAGAGGUGUCUUCCUACUUGUCAGCUGCGAAAGAUCUGAAAGAGCGAUGGUUUCGUGGCUUUUUGGUCCAUGAGCGCAUCCCUGGAAGAGCGAUGCAUUACUAUUCCAUCCUCUACUGGCCAUCUGAGCCAUCUGAGACCGAGACCAGCGAGUCCUGGAUGAUUUUGGACUCUUUGGAUCGAGAUGACUCUCCCAGGAAUCGCCUCUUGACGACUGAGGAUGUCAUCAGUCUCCAUGAUCAGAACGGCGAGUUCUUCAGAUCCUGGCUGUUGCGGUGGUAUCCUGUGGUGGACAGACAUGCAGCAAUCGAGAGCCUCCAGGCUGCGGUUUCCAGAGGCAUGACCCAGGCUACCACAGAGGAUGACAGUUCUCCCUUGAGCGAAGUCCACGCAGAAACCGAGCUGGAUGCAUGCCGUUGGAACGUGGCGCUGGCUGCGAGGCGCUUGCUGGAAGCCUCCAGGCACGUCGGUCAUGAGCUGCAAGUCCUUCAGUUGGUGGUCAGCGAAGAAGAGGCUCGAGCCUCGCUAGAAGCCACGGAGUGGAACUUUGCUGAAGCAGUUCAACAUCAAUCGCAACGCUUGCUGAACCAUGCCAAGGCUUCCUCGGAAGAGUCUUGUUUCACUUGUUUCAGGCCCAGCUUAGCAGCGGUUUCAGCCUACGCAGCGCUCUCCUUGACGGACUGGGACAGUCGCCGCUCAGCAGAACUGCUGCUGCUGCAAGAAAGGGCACAGGUGGCAGUUGGUGGUGAUAUCUCGCUAUCUGCGGCAGCAGCUGCAUUGAAAGAGAGCAGUUCUGUUCAUCAGGCGCUGCUGAUCAUCCAAUUGAUCCAUGAAAUCAACAAGGACCAGGUCGACCAGGACCAGCAGAGGGACCAGUUUUCGAUCGAUGAGGCCUUCGCCGCGAGGUUGCUGCGGCAUGCUGAUGGGGAAGUGAGUACAGCAAGGCAGAUGGCCCAAGUCCUUCGCCAAUUCCCGAGUGUGCCAUUGGCCAUCUGUGCCGAGGCCUUGAGAAGGGGUGAAUCAGCAGCUGCUGCGUGCAUGCUGCUGAAGGACUUUGAGGAUCAGGUGUGCAGUUUGGUUUCCUCCUUGGCUACUCGAGUUUCCAGCACCAAAGGCAAAGAAUCCGCAUCCAUUUUGACGACAGCAGAGUGUCAGGAGAUCUCCAGGUUGGCCUUGGAAUCUGCAAGCUGGAACCCUGACGUAGCCUUUACGCUUGCGGAGAGCCAUGCGUUGUCGUUGAUUCAGGUGCGACGGGAAAUUGCUCUAUUGCUCCAAGCUGGUCGGAGCCAAGCUGUGGCAACUCUGCAAUCUGAGGAGCCGGGGGAAGUCGCCACAGCGCUCUCUGCCCUGGAUGCCAUGAACGACCUUCAGAAUCUGCCACCCUCAGUGCUUUUGGCGCAGCUUCAGGAUUGCGAUAUGAAUCCCUCGGCAGCUGCAAGACAACUGGUGGCUCAACAAACAGGAACUGGUGGCUACGAAGGCGAAGGCAAGCCCCGUCCUGCGCCACCGCCACCACCGGUACCACCAGUGCCGGCACGACCGCGCCCGGCGGAGCGGAUGUCGCGGCUGAGUCCGCGGAAGAAGAAGGAUGGAACCGGAAGGAAAGGCAAAGAUGGCAAAGACUGCGUGACCAUGUGAUGUUUGC